AUGACGUUGACUGAACGUGGGUUAAAAAUUGCUGUCAGUCCUGAUGGAAACGAGGCUCUACUGAGCUAUGGCUGGACUAGGAUGGAAGAAACGGGAGAAGAUUUCAUCCAUCUAGGCAAAGCGUUUCUAACCUUGCUCGCAACUAUACAAGGCAAUCAUCUUGAUUAUAUCCAGGCUAAGCUUUCCCCUCAUAAGCUAGUAUUUGAACAUCCCUCUCGUGAGGACUCGAACGAAGCAAUAGAAACUGCUCUAUCUGAUGCUCAAAGAAUCCAGUUCUAUCCUAGAAUUCUCGAUUCACACCUCAUAGCUGCUAGAAUAGCUGAUGCAAGUCAGCAUAGUUCUGUCUAUAACGAAAUCAGUCGAGCGUCUUUUGUUGAUGGAAAGGCGCCGCGUUGGAGCAACAGCGUAGAACACAUAUCACGAUACAUAACACCAGAAGAAUCUACGGCCACAGAAGGAUUAGAAAAUCCUUUAGAUGCAACUGAAACAUUACAUUUCGAGACUGCGGAAGACAGAGGGCCAGAGCCUAUCCUAAAUGAUGUCCCUUCCCUACACUUAGCUACUCAGUCAAGGAUGCCUUCCGUACCUCCAUCCGUGCUAUCGUCUGACUGGAGUACAAGCCCAGUACAGGAGACGGAAUUUACAUUACCAGAUGACGCAAUAGUGACUCAUUGGCUUUACUCGUACGACCAGCUGAGCCGCCUCUAUAGGUCCUCAUACGAAGAGAUCCAGUAUGUGGUUGAGAUUGGUGAUUCGUUUCUGCGAGAAGACGCAAAAGAUUUCAUCAAUAGUUUCUGCCGCAGUUGGGAUGCAGAAGAUCCAUGGUCUCGUCUUCCUACCGGCAAUCCAGUGACUGGCAUGUCCUUGACAGAAAAGAUAUUCAAAAGCCUCCAGUGUGCUGAAACAAUCUCAGCUGACUCAUUAGUCGAACCUAUCAAACUAAGAAUGGCAAGGGUUCUAUUAUAUCAUCAAUAUGAGCAGAAACUCAUCGAGCUUAGACAUAACUCUAGCUCACCCACUCGUCUUUCUUCAGGCAAGGGUUUAGCUAGCAUAGCAAAGUCCGUCAUCUUGGAAAGAAUAUAUGGGUCGCAGUAUAAGAACCUCACUGCACACGCUAAACGAAAACGCGAGAACAGUCUCAAAUGGCAUACGAGAAUUGGCAAGAGAUGGUCAUAUGUGACAUCUCAGCUUGGAGUUGGGAUAAUUUUGACUUGCAGCCAUAUUCUAGAGAUUCAUAUGUGA